AUGGGGGACUCUACUGGGGACAAAGGCUACAGCCUGGGCAAAGGACCCCCCGCUACAGGCGUCAAGCCCGACAAUAGCAUUGAGCUGUCGCGCAGCGUUGCCGAUGCGCACAAGCCCCACGCGGCGAACAAGGGCGCCAACGGUACAAAUGAGGAGGAUGCCCGCUUGCAGCACUCCGCCGCACAGACGGUGCAGCGGCAGUCGCUGCGGCGGCUGAUGCCGGACGCGGCGUCGGUGCUGCGUUGCAUGUUUGCGACGCUGCACAUCCAGGAGCCGGCCUUCAAGGAUGUGGUCGUGCUGUAUCGGCGCAAGGUGGCCUCCACUCCCCAGCGCAAGUCCGAGUACGAGCCAAUUCGCAGCCACAACCUGGCGCUGGAGCGGCGCAACGUGCACAUAAAGCGGUUUGCGGAGAUCCCGAUGGCUGACGUGGAGAUGGUGUUCCCGGACAAGAAGAUCUACCUCAAGCCCCUGCUGCUCAUCCAGCUCGCCAUUGCCAUCAUCGGCGGCAUCAUAGCAGCCUUCACCGCCCUCCUCUCGGGCAAGAUGAGCGCGCAGGUGCUGCUGACAACACUCAGCGUGGCGGGCGGCCGCGCAAUGCAGGUCUACACAAGCGCCAACUUCACUCGCGCCCGGGUGGUGGACCAGGUGACUCAGCAGCUGUACGAGCAGAUGAUGGACACGCAGGAGGGCGUUGUGCAUCUGUUGCUGGAGCAAAUGGCGCAGCAGCGCAUCAAGGAGUACCUGCUAGCCUAUGCCCUCCUCCUCACCAAAGGGCGAGCGCUGAGUCAGCAGGAGUUGGACGAGGAGUGUGAGGCGUUCCUGCAGCAGCGCUACGGCGAGUCGCUGGACUUUGCAAUUGAGAACUCGCUGCCCUUCCUGCUGCGCGACGGCCUCAUCUCCCGCAACGCCCAGGCGCGUCUGCUCCUGCACAUGCUUCACACGACCGGACACCGGCUGGGCAAGAAAUGGGACGACUGCUUCGUUGAGGAGGACGAUGCAGAGGAGGAAGAGAGUGAAGCCGGCGGUGGCCAGGAGGCUCCCAGCGGCCGCAAGAAGCGGCGCUCUCUCUUCAGCAAACUGCGGCCCAGCCACCGCUCCCUGGCUCAGGAGCAUGCGCCAGUAAACACAGCACCGGCAGCAGUCCCGAGCGAUCCAGUGUCGACAGCAGUGGACAAGAGGGCUGGCGUCAUCACAGUGGAAACGCCGCCCCCGGUCGAUCCAUCCUCUCUCACCCACCGCGCAAUUACCCCUGAUGGUGGAAACGCGGCGACUGCAGGGGAGGAAGAGGGCGGAGAAGAUUCUAAGCGCAAGAAGAUGAAGGAGGGGCUGGCAUCGCUCUUUGGCAAGGCUCCCAAGAAGGACCAGUGAGGCUUGCUGCAUUCUGAGAGACGUGCACAGGAAACCAGAAUCAGCUCAGAAGUUACGGAAAGGGAUCAUGUCUGAAUUUAGAGAUUCCUUCAUUUGUACGGUCAUUGUGAUCUGCAUGGCAACAGCUGCAGCCGGGCUCUUACUUCGCCUUGAAGAAGACUCUAUCGGACACUGCCAGAAAUCAAUCAAUUAACUGGGGCGCCGGCGCAACCAGUCUUGGCAUGCUCUAGCAAGCGCCAGCACGUGGUCAGCUGGCAUAGUAUGCAGCGUCAGAUCAAGGUACCGAUUGUAGCAUAUGUGUUCUGGUACUACGUUUAGUACAGGUAUGAAAAAUUUAUUACAGUCACGACUCGAUCCAGGUAUUUAGAGUUUAACAGUAUUUUCAGAUCUGUGUAUGUCUUGGGAUCUCUAGACAUCUGCCAAUGUGUUGUAGCGUCUGUAACAUAUCGGGG